AUGAAGAGAGAAAGGGGAGCCCUGUCCAGAGCCUCCAGGGCCCUGCACCUCGCUCCUUUUGUCUACCUACUUCUGAUCCAGACAGACUCCCUGGAGGGGGUGAACAUCACCAGCCCGGUGCGCCUGAUCCAUGGCACAGUGGGGAAGUCGGCCCUGCUCUCCGUGCAGUACAGCAGCACCAGCAGUGACAAGCCCGUAGUGAAGUGGCAGCUGAAGCGGGACAAGCCAGUGACCGUGGUGCAGUCCAUCGGCACAGAGGUCAUCGGCACCCUGCGGCCCGACUAUCGAGACCGAAUUCGGCUCUUUGAAAAUGGCUCCCUGCUUCUCAGCGACCUGCAGCUGGCCGACGAGGGCACCUAUGAGGUCGAGAUCUCCAUCACUGAUGACACCUUCACUGGGGAGAAGACCAUUAACCUCACUGUGGAUGUGCCCAUUUCGAGGCCACAGGUAUUAGUGGCUUCGACCACUGUGCUGGAGCUCAGCGAGGCCUUCACCCUGAACUGCUCACAUGAGAAUGGCACCAAGCCCAGCUACACCUGGCUGAAGGAUGGCAAGCCGCUCCUCAACGACUCGCGGAUGCUCCUGUCCCCUGACCAAAAGGUGCUCACCAUCACCCGCGUGCUCAUGGAGGAUGACGACCUGUACAGCUGCGUGGUGGAGAACCCCAUCAGCCAGGGCCGCAGCCUGCCCGUCAAGAUCACAGUGUACAGAAGAAGCUCCCUCUACAUCAUCUUGUCUACAGGAGGCAUCUUCCUCCUUGUGACCUUGGUAACAGUCUGUGCCUGCUGGAAACCCUCCAAAAAGAAGAAGAGGAAGCUGGAGAAGCAAAACUCCCUGGAAUACAUGGAUCAGAAUGAGGACCGCCUGAAAUCAGAAGGUGAGCUCCCAGCCGCCCACUCACCCAUGCCAUUGGCACUCAGGUCAGUGGGCUGCUGGGCAAAGGCAGAACUGGGCCCCAAGGAGCCAGCUCUGCAGGGCUCCUUCCCCCACCAACUGCCAGGAAAACUGCAGAGUAGGGAGAGGUGCUGCCAAGCAGACACCCUGCCGCGAGGUGGAGAGCAAGAUCGCAAGAACCCCAUGGCAUUGUACGUUCUGAAGGACAAGGACUCUCCGGAGCCCGAGGAGAACCCCGCGCCGGAGCCUCGGAGCGCUACAGAGCCCGGCCCACCCGGCUACUCCGUGUCGCCCACGGUGCCGGGCCGCUCGCCCGGGCUGCCCAUCCGCUCGGCCCGCCGCUACCCGCGCUCGCCAGCGCGCUCCCCUGCCACCAGCCGGACGCACUCGUCUCCGCCACGCGCCCCGAGCUCGCCGGGCCGCUCGCGCAGCGCCUCGCGCACACUGCGGACUGCGGGCGUGCACAUGAUCCGUGAGCAGGACGAGGCGGGCCCGGUGGAGAUCAGCGCCUGA